CAGACACCUUCAGUCUGUGAAGGUGAAGAAACAUCAUCACUACAGCAGCUGAUCAGCUUCAACCGUCUCCAUGGCAACCAGGACCCAGAGGCUGGCUCAGCCCAAACCAGACCGCCUGAGAUACCCAGACCGUCGUUCUGUUUACUGGUUGGAUGAUCUGCCAGUAGAGAAGUCUGGUUCCACCUCUAGACCUGCCCGUCUCCCCUCUGGGAGCCCGUCUCCCCUGUGGGCGGUGAGUGUUUGGGCCCUGGGGGCCGUCCCCUCUGAUCGGCUGUGUCUCCUGGCUCGACCCCGGGCCCCUGCAGCUGGUUGGCAGCCGGACCGCCCUGUCCUCGGCCCUUUGAACAGAACGACUCAGACAGCCGUCGCCUCCUCAAGAAUCUGUCAGCUUGCUCAACCCAGAAGAAGGCUGCAGGUCCUGGAGGCUCCUGGUCCCAGAACUAGACCAGGACCCCCGACCCACAUACCCUGCAGAGCAUCAGCACACAUAGAGCUGCUGGCUACCCCGAAGCCCGACCCCCCCGGGUUUAAAGGGGAGCGCUCCGUGUUCUGGCCCGUCUCCAGAGCGGCCAGGACCUCGGUGGCCAGCCAGAGACUGGUUGAGCUGUCGGGUCCCAGAGAGAGGAGGGGUCUGUUUGAGGGGUUCGACCCGUACCUGGUGAGCCGGGCGGCCCGCUCCGCCAGCCCGUCGCCACGGAUACAGCAGCUCUGUCUGCCUCUGCCUCGGAAAUGUCACUCAAACUGAAAGUUAUCACCAUGUAAAACUGUGAAAAAAGG